CUCAGGACUUACUCCCUCUCGAGAACGUGGCACGAUCGGCAACCGAUUUCCAGAAUAAGUUCCUGAAAACGUCUCGCGAACUCGUAUCCACGUUCGACAAUAUUCGAUCGUCCAACGAGGUGCUUGAAAUUUUCAAUUAACCGCGAGAUGACGAGGAUCUGUUAAAGAGGACUCUUCGGUUCGUCGUUGAUCCCGUGAACAGACCAAAUAAACUGGUGCCAUGUGGAUAUGCCUGCAGGCAUUAGGCCUGCUGAUAGCAGCGAUUUUAUCAGCGUCGGGAGAAAUUGAUAUUUCUACUCUUUUAGACUCGUAUCGUAUCUUUCGUGCGCAAAACGGACGAGGAAACGAUGCUUUCGUGUGUACGGAGGAAGGAUAUCAUCCUGAUCCUCACGACUGUAGGGUGUACUACAGAUGCGUCGAUUGGGGCAACGAUAGUCCACUGACAAAGUUCGAAUUCGAGUGCGGUGUUGGGACGGUGUUCUCGAAGGAUAAAGGUGACAUCUGCACUCAUCCAAACGACAGCGGUCGACCGGAGUGUGGUGGGAAUGAGAACGAGAUCGAUUCGAAUGAAUCUACCGUGUCGCAAGUAUCCUCCGCUCAAUGGCCGACGACACCAGUUAGCGAAACCAGCCGCACGACCGCGAUACCUACGACUACGACUCAUAUUACGACCCCAACUGGACCACCGCAAACGUCUUACCAAACGGCUACCAGUAGUCCAUCGACGACCAGUCAGCCUCCGGUAACCAGCGGUUCAUGGGAGAACGAUGUUGAGCAAGGUCAGAAUCAGUGCACUCAGGAAGGAUUUAUGUCCGAUCCGAACGACUGCAGAAAAUUCUACAGAUGCGUCAAAGACGGCAACGGCAAAUUCAUUAAGUACGAAUUCUCGUGCGGAGUUGAAACUGUUUGGGAUCCAGAAAUUCCAGGGUGCAAUCAUCCUUGGGCGGUAACACGCGAAGAUUGUAGGCAAGGUUCGGGGACUGGUGCCGAUAAUGGUGGACAAUGGAACGGAGAUAACGGUGGACAAUGGGAUGGAGAUACGGGAGAUAAUGGAGGACAAUGGAAUGGUGAUACCGGAGAUAAUGACGGACAAUGGAACGGUGAUACAGGCAGUCCCGGACAGCCCGGAGACCCUAAUGGUCAAUCGGGACAACCGGGUCAACCUGGUGAUCCUACUGGACAGCCUGGUUCUCCUGGAUCUCAAGGUACCCCUGGCACACCUGGAACUCCUGGAACCACUGGCACUUCUGGAACACCUGGCACGCCUGACGCUCCUAUCCCUCCUCCCGGAUCGCCUGGUACUCCUGGCACUGCUGGAACACCUGGAACUGCUGGCUAUCCUGGACCAGGGGAACCUGGUAUUCCUGGCAUUCCGGGCCCUCCUGGAACCCCUGGUAUACCUGGAACAUCUGCCCAUCCUGGCACUGCUGGGACCCCUGGUACUCCUGGUACACCGGGUACUCCUGGUACACCUGGCACUCCUGGUUUGCCUAAUGUUGCAGGAAUCUCUGGAAUACAAGGAAUACCUGGUAUUAAUGGCAUUAAUGGUAUUCCUGGAGUCCCUGCUCCUGUUGGUAAUCCUGGAAACCCUGGUACUCCUGGCACUCCGGGCCUUCCUGGGACCCCUGGUACACCUGGAUCACCUGCCCAUCCUGGCAGUCCUGGGACCCCUGGUACUCCCGGUACACCGGGUACUCCUGGUGCCCCUGGCACUCCUGGUUUGCCUAAUUACGUUCCAGGAACCCCUGGUAGACCAGGAAUAAUUGGUACUCCCGGUACACCGGGAACUCCUGGUAUCCCUAGCAAUUCUGGUUUGCCUAAUAAUAUUCCAGGAACCCCUGGUAGACCAGGAGUAAUUGGUACUGCAGGCCCUCCAGGUACUCCCGGAACUCCUGGAACUCCAGAAUCUCCUGGCACGCCCGAAACUCCUAUUCCUCCUCCCGGAUCGCCUGGCACUGCUGGAACACAAGGAACUUCUAGUACUCUUGGAGGGCCUGGCACACCAGGAAAACCUGGUAUUCCUGGCACUCCGGGCGCUCCUGGAACUCCUGGUACACCUGGAACACCUGCCCAUCCUGGCACUCAUGGAUCGCCUGGUACUCCCGGUACACUGGGUACUCCUGGUACCCCUGGCACUGCUGGUUUGCCUAAUAUUCCAGGAAUCCCUGGCCUACCAGGAGAACCUGGUACUCCUGGCGUCCCUGGUACUCCUGGAACCCCUAGUACUUCUGAUACUACUGGAACUGCUGACACUCCUGAGGCUCCUGGAGCCCCUGGUGUUCCUGGCACUCCGGGCGCUCCUGGAACCCCUGGUACACCUGGAACACCUGCCCAUCCUGGCAGUCCUGGGACCCUUGGUACUCCCGGUACACCGGGUACUCCUGGUACCGCUGGCACUCCUGGUUCGCCUGGUAAACCAGGAACACCUGGCAUACCAGGAGACAUUGGCACUCCUGGAAUUCCUGGUACUCCUGGAACCCCUGGUACUCUUGACACUUCUGGAACACCUGGCACUCCAGAAUCUCCUGGCACACCCGAAGCUCCUAUCCCUCCUCCCGGAUCGCCUGGUACUCCAGGGACUGCUGGCACUGCUGGAACACCUGGAACUGUAGUACUUGGAAAUCCUGGCACACCAGGAAAACCUGGUACUCCUGGAGUUCCAGGCCGUCCUGGAACUCCUGGUAGACCUGGAGUACCUGCCCAUCCUGGCACUCCUGGGACCCCCGGUACUCCCGGUACACCGGGCACUCCCGGUACUCCCGGUACACCGGGUACUCCUGGUACCCCUGGCACUCCUGGUUCGCAUGGUGUUCCUGGAACCCCUGGCAUACCAGGACAAAUUGGUACUCCUGGCACUGAUGGUACUCCCGGUACUCCUGGAACCCAUGGUACGCCCGAAACUCCUAGCACUCCUCACACACCCGGAACUCCUAGCACACCUGAUACACCAGGUACGCCUGGCACUCCUGGCACACCUGGCACGCCUGGUACACCUUCAGAAACUCCAGGUACAACAAGACCGCCAGGAACUUGUACACAAGAAGGAUUCUUCCCCGAUCCUAAGGACUGCCGGAGAUUUUAUCGCUGCGUUGGAAGUGGUUCAAAGUUUACGAAGUACGAAUUCCAUUGUGGUACUGGUACUGCAUGGGAUUCAGCACUUCAGAGCUGUAAUCACGAGCAUCUUGUUCCUAAUUGUCAAGGUGGAACCAGUUCCCCUGAUUCUUCAGAGAACAAAGUUCCAGACGAAUCACACAAUGAAAUCGGUGGCGUCACUGAUAAGCCAGGUACAUCUGAAAGUGAAACAAGUAAUCCCCCGUCGGUAUCAUCGUCAAGUGUUGCACCAUCCUCAACUAGUUCCACUACUCCAUCAACUAGCACAUCAUCAAGCGUCUCAACAACAUCUGUGUCAUCCUCAUCUCAUCGUCCAUCCACUAGUGGUUCGACAUCACAAUCCACGUCAUCCACUUCUACAGUUCAAUCAAGCACAACUAGUCCGCAGUCCACACUUUCAGAUUCCACGGAAUCUGUCUCUUCCUUGCCUCCUUCAACUUCCACUAUGUCUAACGUUGAAACUACAACGAUUAACUCGUCUUCUGGAACGUCAGAAUGUACCGAAGAAGGAUUCUUCCCUAACCUUCAGGAUUGUCGAAAAUUUUAUCGUUGCGUUGGUAGUGGUUCUAUGUUCACUAAAUACGAAUUCCAAUGCGGUACUGGAACUGUAUGGGACCAAACCAUUCAAAGCUGUAAUCACGAGUAUGCUGUUCCUAAUUGUAAGGAUGGAUCUGGUUCACCAGCUUCUUCAAACGGCACUAAACCAGAUUCAUCCAUUGAUGAAGUGAGUAACACUACUAACCAACCAGAAGCAUCACAGACACAAACAAGUGCACCAUCAAGUGAUCACGCACCAUCUUCAUCUACUAAACCUGCACCUACCGUCACAACGUCAAGCACGCCAUCGACCGAAUCAUCAUCAACAUCUGUGUCGUCAACUCUGUCAUCGACUAGUACAUCAACCUCACAGUCCCCUGCCACGUCUGCAACUGAAACCAAUUCAGUCAGUUCUCAGUCUACAUCUUCAGAUGUUACAGAAUCUGUCCCAGAAGGUAGUACCGCAUCUGACGUACAAACACCUACUGGACCCAGUGCAUCUCCAGGAACAUCAGGAUGCACGCAAGAAGGUUUCUUCCCAAAUCCAGCCGACUGUAGAAAAUUCUACCGUUGCGUGAGUUCUGGAAACCAGUUCCACAGAUACGACUUCAACUGUCCAUCGGGUACAGCUUGGGAUUCGUCUAUCGUCACUUGCAACCACAUCAGUAAAGUAGCUUCCUGUUCGACUGAAAGUAACAAGAUCGACCAUGGUGAUCAAGGAUCCACGGAUAGUACUUCAAUAACUGGUUCAACGACAACUGUUAGUUCUACUUCGGGAGCUGGUACUACAUCUGGAUCUGAUACUGAUCAAACUGACUCAACAACUUCGUCGUCAACGGAUGAAACUGCAAGCAGUUCAUCGAGACCCUCUGAAAUUCAGGAACCUUUAACCACCGAAAGUUCGUCUACUUCGUCAACCUCACAGUCGUCUUCCACUUCCUCAACUUCACAGUCAUCUUCCAGUGAAUCCGGCGUUCCAGACUGCACCACGAAGAAGCCUAAUAAUACUAUAGUCUGCAACAGCGAAGGCUUCUAUCCACAUCCAACACAGUGCGAUAAAUUUUAUCGUUGCGUUGACAAUGGAAAAGGAUUCAACGUGUACCAUUUCGACUGUGCACCUGGAACCAUAUUCGACCCCAGCAUUGAUGUAUGCAAUUAUCCUGAGUCGGUCUAUCCUGCAAGAGAUUGCAUGACGCCCACGUCCAGUACGUCAGAAGAUUCUACCACGGAAGAAAUAUCGUCCACUACUGAAAGCAGUGCAGAAUCCACGACAGAGUCUAGGGGAACCGAAGGUACUACUGAAUCUACAUCAACGUCAUCCUCGAUGGAAACGACAACUUCUACGGAACCUGUAUCAGAAACGACCGAGUCUACUCAGACUACUGCCUUGACUACUGAAGCAGCUACUACAGAAUCUACGUCUGAAGCGACUACAGAAUCCACUUCUGAACCCACGUCUGAAGCAACUACAGAAUCCACUUCUGAACCUACUUCUGAAGCAACUACAGAAUCCACUUCUGAACCUACUUCUGAAGCAACUACAGAAUCCACUUCUGAACCUACUUCUGAAGCAACUACAGAGUCCACUUCUGAAUCAACUUCAGAGCCUACAUCUGAAUCAAGUACAGAAUCUACAUCAGAACCAAGUACAGAUUCUACAACUGAAUUUACAUCCGCGGCAACAACAGAGUCCACUUCUGAAGCGACUACAGAAUCUACAUCCACAGUGACAACAGAAUCUACUUCCGAAGGAACCAGUGAAAGUAGUACAAUCCCAAGCUCGGAACAGACUACGGAAAUAACAACUUCGACAACCGAUUCUUCCGUUUCGACGCCUUGCCCAAUUGGAAACUUGACCGACGAACAAAUCGUGUUGGCUUGUCCAACUGGUUUCCGAAGACAUCCAAAAUAUUGUAAUUUGUUCUAUCAAUGCACCAGUGAAGGUAACAUGGAGAUCAAAGUACUCGUGUUGAGCUGUCCGGAGAAUACCGUCUUCGAUGAACAAAAGAUACAAUGUUUGCCUGAAGAGAAGAGUAGCCAGGCUUGUACGACUCCCAAAGCUAGUGGAAGAUUUUAUAGAGGAUUAGAGGACAGUCCUGUAUCUCCUGUGAAAGUAUCAACUGAUCAACUCUGCCCAGGAGAAGGACACUUUCCUUAUAGACAAGGUUGCAGCUCGGCGUUCUAUAAAUGCAGACGGGACUCUAGAAAUAAUAUUCAAGGAUAUCUGUACAAGUGUCCGCAAGAAUUUAUAUACUGGUCGGUAUCGAGAAGGUGCGAGCGUGCAACACGAUUACCCAUGUGCGCGCAUUUAGCAUACAGAACGAAGAGCGAAUAUUGGGACAAUAGAUGGCAGAUACCAGUAGAAGACUAUAAUCUGUCUGCUAGAAAUCUGCGUUUCCUUUAAAUCGUUAAUACCUUCGUUGCGAAGAACGAAACAUUAGAAUGAAUCUUUAAAUGAUAGAAAAAUACGUAACUCUCUUCUGUACAACAUGGCUGCGGAAGAUCCCACAAAAGUAUUGUACAGAUCUUCAGCAGUCAUCUUGUUAUUAUGUGUAAUUAAUUGAAAGACGAUCAGUGGUUUUUGAACCACUGAUCUCUUAGUCUUUAUCUAAUUACAAAAAGAAUGAUAAUCGUUUGCUAAUAAUUGUAGACGAAUAUAAUUGAUGUUUUUCUACGAUUUUUCUCGUGCGUGGUAGUAAAAUCGUUGGAAAACCAUGUAUCGCGAAUGUUGGGAAUUUUUGGUUGUGGGAACCGUAAGCAAUAUUAGACUGUAUUCAGUAAUUUAUAUCAUGUAUUUAUUAGGUUGAUCAUUCUUUUGCGUAUGCGUGUUCAUGUUUCUAAAGUAUCUCGUUUUAAAAUAUUCUUUUUAUAUCCUGAAUUUUAGUGCACGUAUGAAAUUUGACAAACAUCUAGAGGAAUGAAGAGAGGAUUGAUUAUAGAUUAGAAAGUUUAACGCCAAUUCUAUUGCAUUUAUUUCGCGGAUUUAAUAGUGCUUAGCACUAUCUUCUGAAUACAGUACAAAUCAAUAACCUUGAAAAGAUAUUCUUGUACAUAAUUACGUCUUAAUGACUUUAAUCGGUGUUUCCUUUAUGUAAAACAUUAUUCAUUGUCCUUAGUUUCUUUUCUCGAUGCUAAGGUAUCUUUAAAAGGAAACUAUAUACAUUUAAGACCUUUUCCAUAAUAUAGUAUAGUUAUGGAAUAGUACUAGUUUAGUUAUCGAACGUAUAUAAAUACUGAGCGUAUUUGUACUAGAUCUCUGUGAAAAUUUACAUUAAUAAACGAUGAGAUCUUCCGUGGAAA